AUGAAUAAAUGGACACUUAAAUUUGAGAAUUAGGCUUUGGAAAAUUAAUAUCAAGCAAAACAAUAAGUUUACUAUCAAACCCUUAUUUUUAAAGUUAUAUCAAUAUCAUCUGUUCUAUUGCAUUUAGGAAAGCUAAUUUCCGAUUAAUCUUAAAAUGCUCCUUCAAGAAUUGAAUUAUAAACUCCAGGAUUGAUUAUUUCAAUACUGUCUUUGAUUGUGAUAUCUGGAUAUCCUAAAUACUCAUCAACUGCGAUGAUUUUGUUAAAUUACACAUUCUCUUUAGUUUAAUUUUGGGUUGACAAUGUAUAUGGUUAAUAAAGGAGUUUUGUUCUUGGGUCAAAUGUUAUGGCAUCAUAAAUGCUACUUAUGAUGUCUUUAGAAUUUUAUUAANCUUUAUAAUUAAAAUUAGGUAAAUAAUAAAUUAAUUAUUAUUUAUAAGAAUUUAAAGAUAAAACUUAAAUUAAGAUAUUAAUAAAACAUAAAAGUAGAAAAGGAUUUAGUAAACUUUUUCAAACUCAAAUUUAUAAUAAACUAUAUUAAAAAUCUUAAAGCCUUUCUAAUUACUUUUUUUCUAAAAUUAGUAAUAUCAAAAUGAGAUCUAAUAUAGAAAAAUAAGUAUUUUAGGAAUGA